AUGUUUUCCGAUUCGCGCGGCCAGAGUUUCACCAACCCCGGCCUUGCCCUCCCUUCUCCAGCAGGGUCGUUUAUCUGCCAUUCCAGCUUAGACGCCAUCAAAACCUCGCAGCCACAAAAGCCGCCACAACGCUCGCUACCCGUUGGCCUUUCCACUCCUCCCGCCGAGACUGACAACGCAAUGGGGACGACCUACGAGGUGCGGCAUCUCGCCACGUGCGAGAACUAUCCUCUCUGCCACUCGUCGAUUUAUGCGUCAUCCCUCGCUUCGUCUGAUGCCUGCCGCAGCGCACUGAGCGAGAGAGUUGCGAACGAACAGUCUUGCACUCCGCAUCAUCGAUACGCUGCCUUUCCUUCAGCGCAGCCACAAGACUAUGCAACUUCGCAGCCAUCGAUGGUUUCGGCUUCGCGCGUUUCAACUCAUAAAUUAACCACGGCUUCCUCGAUCGAGCAGGAUGUCGGUUCCCAUAACCAACAAUUCGACCCGAGAUGCCUUUCACGUGCAUCGCCAUCCCCGUUGAUUAGGUCGGAAUCAGACGACAUGGAGCCAAACUCGGAGGAUUCCAGCUUGACUAUCCACAGUAUGGCUGUCCCCGGGUGCAUCAGCCCCAAUGGCGGAAACCUGGCCGACUUUAUGGCAGAGAUGACGGCGCUCUUCUGGUUCGUGAGCGACAACAAGCUCGCCAAGCUUGAGAAGACGCUUCCGCUUAGCCCCGGUGCCCGGAUCGAGCCAUUGACCAGCACCGCCGCGGCCGACCAUUUCAAGACCUGGGUAACUUCGGUGCUGUCGACCACUCAGGUAACCCUCAAUGUGGCCAUCCUGGCUCUUCUGUAUAUCCGCCGGCUCAAGCAAAUGAACCCGACCGUUAAGGGCCGUCCUGGCAGCGAGUAUCGGCUCCUAACCGUGGCUCUCAUGCUCGGCAACAAGUUCUUGGACGACAACACUUACACUAACAAGACUUGGGCCGACGUCUCUGGGAUCCCGGUGAAAGAGAUCCAUGUCAUGGAAGUCGAGUUUCUGAGCAACAUGAGGUACCGGAUGCUGGUUUCGGCCGAAGAGUGGGAGGACUGGAUCAACAAGCUGUCCGACUAUUGGUCCUACCUGCAGGCGAGCAGGCGUCAAUGGUCGCCGUCGCCGUCCCCGUUGCGCAUUCCGUCGCCAACACUACUCAGCUUCAGCUCUCCGCUGCCGUCGCCAACAGCCCCUUCGCAAUCGACAUCGAGCCUGUCUGCAGGUACAUCCUUCCAGAGCAGCUCUAGCUCUCUCUCCCCGACCGACUCGUGGAACGACUCUCCGUUCUUCACGGUUCCUCCAUCGUCUCCUCUCGCUCUGAAGCCGCAGACCUCUCGCUCGCUCAAGAGGCCGUGUUCGCAUGAGGACCUAGUUGAGCCGCCUACCAAACGGACGAAUCGGGUUCGAGAAACCAGCAUGCCAAGACCAACUCACUCGCAGCCGGUACCACAAUGUGCAGCCGUGACGUCUACGAGCUCGCAGCCCCUCACAAACGGCCUGCCUAGCUGCCUGCCGAGUGGCCUUCCGGUUACCUCAAGAUCCGCGUCCGUCGCGUCUUCGGAUCAAAGUCGUCUGUCCGUGCCCAGCCUGACGCUCAAUACGAAUCAGGCGCCCGUUACCCACGGUCAGACCUACCCCCCUACCACGUAUGUCCCUCAACAGUCGUCGCCGCUAUCGCUGCCACCGCUGGUUCCCAGCGUCCGGGCCAUGUCGACUGUGUACCCAGCCACGACUUGUUCCUCGUCGCAAGCCAUGGCUGCUACUUGCGGGCCGGUGACGACCCCUACCACGACAUUCCCUCCCGUUAGCUACAGCACUCCGACCAAGCGGCUCUCUCCACAACAUCCUGCGACAACCGUGGUCUUCGGCAAUUCAUCUCCCAUCGUGGAUGGAACUAAUCCCCCCAUGUCGACUCCGAACGCGAAUGGCGCCCAUACACCGGUAUCUCAUUCUCCUUCUUACUACCUGCGUCAGCGCAACAGUCCCUAUGGACCUGUCCGCCACGUCAACACUUUGCUCUAUCCUCCUCCCUCGGCUUUCCUUCAGCAAUACCAUCUACCAGCCUCUGUCCUGCCGAAUCAGAUGCAUUACCGGCCUCUUGGGAAGCGUGCUGAGUACCGCACCGGCAUCGUUCCCGAGUUUACCUCUGGCGCUGUUGUGCUGUCGAACUCGAGUCAUCUGGCAACGACACAGGCCACGAAUCCUUCCUCGCGUGCUACUGUGUCGGCUCCUACGUCCUAUGCCCCUCGAUCCGCAACGCGUCUGGCUCCGUAUUAG